GUGACAAACUCAAGAAAAAAAUAUUUGUUUACCUACCCUUAAGUGUAUAAUCUAUGUACCUACCUGUAAAGUACAACCCAUAUAACAUAUUAAAGACACAUUUAUUAUGUUUUGAGACAUUAAAAAACAGAAAAUUAGCAGGACAUGUAUCUUAAAAGAAGUUCAACAGUGAAGUACUUCGCAGCCGCAAUAAUAGGAUGUUUACUAUAUAGCGAAUGGUUAAUAUAUUCGAUGCAGGCUUGGUAUUGGAGAACCCUGGAGUGCGUCGAAUACGACUCAUCUUGCAUCAAGAUACUGUUCGUAGCAGAUCCUCAGAUACAGGGCGACAUAGCGGUGCCGGCACCUUUUAGCUAUCCAAUUAAUUGGGAUAGUGAUCGUUACCUUAAGUCAACAUUUAGAGUUGUUAUACAGCACUUCAGGCCAGAUGUUAUUGUGUACAUGGGUGACCUCAUGGAUGAAGGUUCCAUUUCCACCUUGAAACAAUACCAUAGCUAUGUAAAAAGACUGUCUGAUAUAUUUGAAGUUGAUUAUCCUAUAGUGCAAAUUUGGAUACCAGGUGAUAAUGAUAUAGGUGGUGAGAAUGAACCGAUUAAGAAAGAUAAAAUUGAAGAGUUCAACGAAGUCUACCAACAACCAGAAACUGUGACAUUCCGGAAUAUAACAUUUUACAAAGCCAAUGGUAUAACGAACAGUUUCCCAAAGAAACUUAAGGGGAAUGGCAAUGAAUACAGGAUUGUGGUCUCACAUUAUCCUAUUACAUACAGACAUGCUUUUGGUCAUGAAGUGAAUAAUGAAAUAAAUCCGGAUAUAUACUUCUGCGCUCACGAGCACGAGGCAAAAUAUGUCAGACAGAGUCGAAAACUGACCAAUCGAGACUCACACAUGCUAACCUCAGAGAGCGCCGUCCUGAACGUGUCAACCAAAGACGAUCAUUUGUAUGAAAUUUACGUUCCUACGUGUUCAUAUAGGAUGGGCACAGAUCAAAUUGGUUAUGGUGCUGCCAUACUUGAGAACAACAAUCAGAACUUGCGUUACACAGUGUUCUGGUCGUCACGAAGGUUUCCCUACUUAUUCAUUUAUUUAGUAACCUUCAUCAUACUGCAGAUCUACUUUGUAAUAUACUGCGCGGCUUGGGUCAGUUACAGGAAGCCAACGAUGAACUGGGCCACUGAUAAAGUGCCAUUAUUGGACAGAGUAUAAUAACAAAACCGUUGAAUACUGACUACCUACUUAUAGAAUUGGAAUUUUCAUUAGUUUACUCUGAGCAAGCUUUAAGCAAGGUUAAUCAUUGAUUUGAGCUUUAAUGGAAUUAAUUAACUUUUGUUUAAAUUAUAUUGUUGUGUUUAAUGAUAACUCUAUAUAUAGUCACGUUAUUUUCCGUUGUCUAUAGUUAAUUUAUCUUUAUUCGGUGUUAUUCUCGAGAAUUUAAUCCAUACGCAAGUAUGAAAUACGAUGGAGUGCCAAGGUCAUGUGAUAGAUUAUAAAGAAAAGAGACUUCAACGGAAAUCCUUUACUAUAUUUCAUAAGAUUCCUCACUGUUGAGAGAUUUUGCGUUGACCGGCUUAUUCAAAUAUGUCGCAAUAUUGUCAGAUCCAAUGAGCGGUUGAGCUGAAACUUACACCUACCGUUACUAACCUGUCUUAGAUUUCUACCCAUUAUACCUUUUCAUAUUAAACAGCAGGUAGAUUUCUAUUUAAACUCGAAAACCCGAAAACGAAAACCUUUAAACUCGAAAACCUCGAAAACGUUAUGAAAUCAACAUUAGUAGUAGGUAUUGAACAAUACGGGUAGGUAACGAAAAUGUAAGCUUUGGCAUGACACUUUUUUUUUAUUGCCGCAUAGGUAGACGAGCAUACGGCCUACCUGAUGGUGAGUGGUUACCGUCGCCCAUAGACUUCAGCAAUGCCAGCGACAGAGCCAAGCCGCUACCUACCACCAUUAAACAAGUAGAUUUUUUUUACUAACAAUAGUCAUGAUAUUGACUUUGGUAAGUUGUUUAAAACACGUAAUGAUGACUAAAAACGUAAAGUAACUAUCGCAAAUAAAUAUAUUGAGCUGCAACGAAAAUAAAUAUGUUUAAGAAAUUUAAGACUAAAGAACUUGCCAGCUGUUAUUUCCUUUCAGAAUUUUACAAAAUGUUUGUGUAAAAAUGAGACUGUUAUAAUAAUGUAAAUAUUUUUUGUUACCCGAAUUUAUUUAUCUACUUUUGAUAAAUAUUAAUAUUUUAUUUUUAAAAAGUGGAGGAAAAAAAAGAAAUACUUAGGAAUAUUAAAUAUUUAACAAUUUUUAUUUAUUUAUAAAUGCUACCUAUGGAGAAUUCAUAUUUAUUAUUAAGACUAAUAAAUUAUGUAAUAAAAUUGAAACUAAACAUAAUAAAACAUAUAGCCAUGAAAACUGUACAAUUAACUAUAAUAUCUCAAAAUUAUUAUUUAAGUAUAUUUAAUACUUGAGAAUGAUGUAAUAUUCUAGUUCCCAAUUCGUCGGUUCGUCGUUCGUACUUAAUAAAUUAAUAAACAAUCAUUCCAUUGGACAUAUAAUUACACUCUUUAUGUAUGAACUAUUACUCAAACAAAAAGUAGUUCUUGAUAAAUGGAGAAUGUGUAGAACAAAUACUGUGUCUAUAUGGAUUGUAUGGAAGGUACUAACCAAUGUUUAGAAAUUCUUGAAUUGUUCUUUCCUCAGAACUAAAGUCUGGGUUCAUGAGGUAUUUUAUAGAUAUGGGUAACCAUUGUGUUAACACAAUAAAUUGCCUGUGCCGCCAAUCAUUUUUUAUAAUAAUUAUGUCCUGUAAAAAUUUCAAUGUAUUUUUGUAUAUGACAAGUAAAUUAUAAAUGUUAGUUAAAAAAAAUAAAGCCUAUUGAAUUAAA